AUGUCUCGAGUGGAGCUAGUCGAUACAACAAAACGGCUGGCUGACGUCCUGGACUCGCUGCUACCGCUCUCUACCAAGCCACCAUCUCUAUACGUAGAUCUCGAGGGAAUCAACCUCAGCCGCAUGGGAACCAUAUCAAUCCUGCAAAUCUAUGCUGCUCCUCUCGACCAUGUGUACCUCAUCGACGUCCACACCCUGGGCUCCGAUACCUUCACCACAAAGUCUUGCGGAUCUACAGGCCAGACGCUAAAGCAAAUCCUCGAGUCCCCGUCAAUACCCAAAGUCUUUUUCGACGUACGAAACGACUCCGAUGCUCUCUUUGCACAUUUCCAAGUUGGCCUUCAAGGCGUGGAGGAUCUGCAGUUGAUGGAGAUCGCCUCGCGUGAUCGGUUGGGGCGAAGAUUCCUCUCAGGCCUCGCCAAGUGCAUCGAGCUCGAUGCCGGUCUUGAGCCCAGUGAACUGUCCCUGUGGAUCAAGAACAAAAACCAAGGCAAGGCUCUCUUUGCCCCGGAACAUGGUGGAUCCUAUGCCGUUUUCAACAUCAGGCCACUGCCCGACGAGAUUCGCCAUUACUGCUCGCAAGACGUGCAGUUCCUACCAAAGCUGUGGGUCAGGUACGAUUCGACGCUCACAGACGCCUGGAAGGAAAGAGUGCGACGAGCCGUUGUCGCGCGCGUUUUCGAAUCGCAAUCCAAAUGGUUCAACGGGAAAGGCCGUCAUAUGGCCAUCCCUCCAGCUGGAUGGGACCUACAAGACUAG